UUUUCUUUACAAAUUUAACAAUGGGAAAGUGUGCUAGUGAAUGCAGUAAAGGAUCUUGUUGGGUCAAAUUGCUCUUUAUCUUGACCUUGCUUGGAUCUAUCUUUAUCGGUUUAGAUCAAAUCAAGGAACGCUGCUUCAUCUUUGAUCAAAAUGUUCUUCAAUCCGUCGCACAAAAGAAUAUUGCGCUUUAUGGCAACGACACACAUACCAUGCUUCAACACAUUGCUCUCGAUUUAGAAAAGGAAUACCCAGGUCAUGUCCAAAUGGACGAGGAAUGGGUGUUUAACAAUGCUGGUGGUGCCAUGGGCUCCAUGUGGAUCUUGCAUGCUUCUCUCACCGAAUAUGUCAUUAUCUUUGGUACACCUGUCGGUACUGAAGGACACACCGGUCGUUUCUUGGCCGAUGACUAUUUUAUUAUUUUGGAAGGCGAGCAAUGGGCUUACAAGGCUGGUGAAUUACAACGUGAAGUCUACACACCUGGUCAAAUGCAUCAUUUACCUAGAGGUCAAUCGCAACAAUACAAGAUCCCUGAACAUGCUUGGGCUCUUGAAUAUGCUCAAGGUUGGAUCCCUCUCAUGUUACCCUUUGGUUUAUUCGAUACCUUCUUUUCUACCGUUGAUAUGGUUACCUUGUACGAUACCAUUCGUCUCUACGGAAAGGCUACCGUCAAGGAACUUUUACAAGGAAAGCUCUAAAUUAUUCCAUACAAAACCUUAAUUUUUUUACAUAGACAUAAAAAAAAAAACCUUAAUUUAAUAAAUAAUACAAAAAAAAAAAUACAAGCUUAUUAUACAUCAUUGUGUGUAGGAC